AUGAACAAGAAGAUAGUACAGUUAGAGAAGGAGGUCGAGGAGAGCGUACCAUAUCUUGCGAGCGACGAGACGUCGUCUGUGCGGAACGAGGCCGCAGAUCAGUUGAAAGAGCCGCAAAAAGUCCAGCCGUGGGUCCAUUUCGUGGCCGGCGGUCUUGGGGGCAUGUGUGGAGCCGUUUUCACCUCGCCGUUUGACGUGGUCAAGACCAGACUCCAGUCGAGUGUGUUCCGCGACACGUACAAGAGCGGUGCUCGUCAUGGGGGUGUUGUGAGCGGAGCCGCUUUGCAUUUUAAAGAGACGCUAUUGAUCCUGAAAAACGUCUACACAGUGGAAGGACCACGGGCCUUGUUUAAAGGAUUGGGGCCCAACCUUGUGGGUGUGAUACCCGCCAGAUCGAUAAACUUCUUCACAUACGGCUACUCCAAAGACGUCAUUCGUGACGUUGCGUUCGAUGGCCAGGAAAAUUCAUUGGUGCAUUUGUUAGCUGGAGUUUCUGCUGGGUUUGUAACCAGCACGGCCACGAACCCGAUUUGGCUUGUCAAGACGCGGCUACAGCUCGACCGCAUGACUACCAAGGCGUACAAGAACUCGUUCGACUGUGUUUCGAAGAUCGUCAAGAACGAGGGAGUGCUGGCUCUGUACAGAGGUUUGACAGCUUCUUAUCUGGGAUCGGUCGAGAGCACUUUGCAAUGGGUUCUGUACGAGCAGAUGAAGUUUCUGAUCAACGCGCGGUCGCAAAGACUCGAAAGAGAAGGGAAACAGACCAGCGAGCUGGGUGACUGGUUUGCCAGAUCCGGCUCUGCAGGGUUGGCCAAAUUCGUGGCCAGUUUGAUCACGUAUCCGCACGAGGUUGUUCGUACCCGUUUGAGACAGGCGCCCACCGAGGGCGGCAAGCCCAAAUAUACAGGGCUGAUCCAGUGUUUCAAGCUCGUGAUCAAAGAGGAAGGUCUGGCUUCCAUGUAUGGCGGUCUGACUCCGCAUCUGAUGCGGACCGUGCCCAACAGCAUGAUCAUGUUUGGAACCUGGGAGUUGUUUACGAACCUGCUAUCGAAAUUGUGA